UUGGGGGAGCAGCAAACUGGCUUUUGUUUCAAUUAGCAGUUGGUGGAGAGCACGGCUUGUUGGUGGAAGAAGGAAGUCAGAACAGAAACACUGAGGGGCAGAUUUGCUGAGAAACGUCUGCAAGUGGCAUGCUGUGUCUGGAGCUUGUCCUGCUGGGUGCUCUUCUCCUGGGGGGUGACAGUGCCGAAGCCCCCCAGGAACACAUCCUGUUCCACAUCAUCCAGAUCUCAUCCUUUGCCAACCAAUCCUGGACACAGCAUCAGGGCUCAGGCUGGCUGGGUGACGUGCAGACUCAUGGCUGGGAGAGCGAGUCUGGCACCAUCAUUUUCCUGCACGCCUGGUCUAAGGGCAACUUCAGCGAUGAGGAAAUGAUCGAUCUGGAAUUGCUGUUCCGGGUCUACUUCCUUGGAUUAACUCGGGAGACUCAAGAAUAUGCCAGUCAACUGCACUUUGGAUAUCCUUUUGAAGUACAGGUGAGAGCUGGCUGUGAGCUACAUUCUAGUGACAUUGCAGAAAGCUUCCUACAGGCAGCUUAUGAAGGGUCACAUUUCCUGAGUUUCCAAAACAUGUCAUGGGUGCCAGCUCCAGAGGGUGACAGCAGAGCCCAGAGUGUGUGUGAUCUCAUGAACCAGUACGAAGGCAUCAAGGAAACAGUCCACAGGCUCCUCACAAGCACCUGUCCCCGGUUUGCCUUGGGUCUCUUCGAUGCUGCGAGGGUGGAUUACGAGAGGCAAGUGAGGCCACAGGUCUGGCUGUCCGCUCACCCCAGUCCGGGUCCUGGCCGUCUGCUGCUGGUGUGCCACGUCUCUGGCUUCUACCCCAAGCCAGUGUGGGUGAUGUGGAUGCGGGGCGAGCAGGAGCAGUGGGCCACCCAGCAAGGCGACGUCCUGCCCCAUGCUGAUGGGACGUGGUAUCUCCGAGUGACCCUGGACGUGGUGGCCCGGGAGGCGGCUGGUCUGUCAUGCCGGGUGAGACACAGCAGUCUAGGAAACCAGGACAUCAUUCUCUACUGGGGACACCACCUUUCCGCGUACUUGAUCCUGUUGGCCGUGGCCGUGCCCCUACUUCUUCUGAUAGUCCUUGCGUUGUGGUUUAAGAAGCGCUGCUCCUAUCAAGACAUCCCAUGAGCUGCCUCACCACGCCUUCCCCAGUGGCCCAGGAGCUAGGACCACAGAGUGAUGAAACCAUUCUUUCUGCCCUCCAUUUAUUUUUUUUUCCUCCUAUUCCUGCUUUAUAAUCACUUGUUCGCACAAACUAGUUUAGUUCUGCAAGUCUGUAUGGAAUGCCUUCCUAGUAAUGUCUGUCUGUUCAAUAGUCCUCCACGUUUGAAGCCCAUUCUGAUUCCCCUGCUGCGGGGUGUUCCCCAAUCCGUAGGUGGGAAGCCCUUCGGCUCGGCUGCAUGUGCACCUCACUCUACCCUGCGUGGUCACUUGGGUCUUUCUUCCCUUUCCAAUGUGCAAGCUCCGUUGAAACAAUGAUCCUGACGAAGGUGCGUUUCCUGCGUGUAAUUCAUGCUCAGUGAAAGUCAAACCCAAACAAACCAUAUCCACGUUGGGUUCACUGUCAUGUUGACAGGCUUUCUUCGCGGUGCUCAUUCCUGACAUGGUUGUAGUACUUGAAGGAUUGACGUUUCCCUUCUUGUUCCAGUGUUUCUUCCUUGGCCCAGAAAUCCCGCAUUCCUUUAACUUCCUCACUUUCUCCCUAAUUCUGAAGGAAAAAUGCAGCUUUGCUCCUUGCCAUACUUACUUUAGAAAUACAAUGAGACAACUCUCUCCAACUUAUUCUAAACAUGAAGAGAGAAACAGUGCGCAGGCCACGUCUGCGGGGCAGGGGGGGCAGACGUGUCGCUGAAUGGUUAACAAAAAGGAACGAGAGAGCUGGUCCCCAGGAUUAGGACGGGAUCUAGGCAAGGGAUGUAUAUGGAAAACAACCCCCCAAAGGGUGGCGCUGUCUCAGACACCCGUCUGGACUUUGUUUCCUUUAAGUUUCAUUCACUAAUUCAGAUAAUACUUGUCAAGCACUGAACACAAGACAGACAUACACACUUGUAAAUUGGUGGGUGAGGAAAUAGGGCCGUACCCACCGGCCUGGAGGCGUGAUGUCUACUUCUUCAGUCUGUCCAUGUCCUUUGUACUGGGCACAAUAUUUUGUUUCUUUUUAGGAAUUUGGAAUCAACUUUAUAGAUAGAUAAUUUACUUACCAUAAAACGCAUCUGUUUUAAGUGUGCAGUUCCAUUCAUUUUGACAAAUGUAUACACCUAUGUAAGCAAAACCACAAUCAAGAUACAGCAGAUUCCAUUACCCGGAUUCCCCUGUCCCCACGGGCAGCUAAACCACCAACCGGGCAUCCUUGCAACUACUGGGGUGCUUACUGAUAUGAUUAAGCUUAGAUUUGUCUUUUCUGUAUUUGUAUUAAAAGGAAAUAAUCUGUAUGUACUCUUUGUAUCUAGGCAUUUUUUUCCCACCUAGCAUACGGUUGUUAAGUCAUUCCACAUUCCUUGUUAAUGCUCAAUUGAGUCCAUGUAUGAAUAUACCACUUUUUUUUUUUAUUCAUCCAUUCCUUGAUGGUUAUUUGUUUUGUUUCUAGUUAGAGGCUCUUUGAAUAAAGUUGCUUUGUUGUUUCGUC